CCCUUUUUGACAAGAUGGCGGCGCCCAGCUGUAGUGCGCCGGGCCUCUGGGUCCGGGGUUCCAGGCAGCGUUUGGGGAGUCUCUUUAGUCUCGUCUCAAAGCCAUUUUGUUCGGCCGCUGCUGCGUCUGGGACCGUGAGUGCCCAGCGAUUAGCGGAGAAGCUCCGAGCCCAGAAACAGGAACAAAAGACGAAGAACCAGCCGGUGCCCACAAGCCCUGUUCAGCGGAGAGUGCAAGAACUAGUGCGGUUCACACAGCAGCUCCAGCGAGUCCACCCCAACGUGCUUGCUAAGGCUCUAAGCCGAGGGAUUGUGCACCAGGACAUGGAUCUCGUGGUCAUCAACAAACCUUAUGGUCUUCCUGUGCAUGGUGGCCCUGGGGUCCAGCUGUGUAUCAGUGAUGUAUUGCCUAUCCUGGCAAAGAUGCUUCAUGGCCACAAGGCAGAGCCCUUGCAUCUGUGCCACCGGCUGGACAAGGAAACUACAGGUGUCAUGGUGUUGGCCUGGGAGAAGGAAGUGGCACAUCAAGUCCAAGAGUUGUUUAGAACCCGUCAGGUGGCAAAGAAGUACUGGGCCGUCACUGUGCGUGUCCCGGUGCCCCCGGCAGGAGUCGUGGAUAUCCCUGUCAUCGAGAAGGAGGUGCAGGGUCAGCAGCAGCACUACAAGAUGACGCUGUCCCCAAGCUACCGCAUGGAGGAUGGGAAGAUGGUGAGAACGAGGCGUGACCGGAAUGCACAUACAGCUGUGACUCAGUACCAGGUGCUAAGCAGCACGCUGUCCUCCGCCCUCGUGGAGCUCCAGCCCAUUACCGGAGUAAAACAUCAGCUUCGAGUUCAUCUGUCGUUUGGACUGGAUUGCCCAAUCCUCGGUGAUCACAAGUACUCUGACUGGAAUAAGCUGGCCCCCCAGAAGCUGUCUCUUGGUACCCUGAAGAAACUGGGGCUGCAACAGGCAAAGGCCCGCCACAUCCCCCUUCACCUGCACGCCCGCCAGCUCAUCCUGCCGGCCCUGGGCUCCAGGAAGGAGGAACUCAACUUGGUCUGCAAGCCUCCUCGCUACUUCGUAUGCUCCCUGAGACGCCUGGACUUAUGGAUGCCAAGUCAGGAUCAGAAUGGGGACGACGAAGCCGGAUGUGUGCGGGCACAGUGAAGACCGCUGGGCUGUUUGGCCCCUGAAUCCUUCACUUUGUUUAAUGGACUCUGCUAACUUCUCACUUGGGACAGAGUCCAGAAGAGCCAGGUGUGGGAAGUGGAAGAAACGCAGCUGCUUCCGGCCGGGCUUUUACAGGACACUAAAUUCUGUUUACUGAGACUUUGGCCAUGCUCUGGAAAAACCCAGUCCCUAAGUCUCCCUGCCUCCGAGUCUCCUUGCCCAGAGGGAAGAGCACCCAGGACCAAGCAGAUUGGGUCAAUAAUAAGGAAAGGAGAAACUUGAGCACAGAAUCUGUGCUCAGAAACUGUUUACAUCCAACAAUAAGGCUCAUGAUCUGUCAGGAAGCUUGCUGUGGUUGGAAAGAGCACAUGAUGGUUAUCUGACUGCUAGAGAAAUUCAGAAGCGUUAGCCACUGUGCUCAUGGACAUUCAGGAUCUAUUAGCAAAACCUCUCUGCUCCACUUGUUUUGUCUCGGACUUUGUAGGCCCCUGUCCUAGAACGCAGGGUUCUCUCCCGCUGCAGCAAGAGCCUUACCGCAGUAGUGACUGGAGCCUGCAAAGGGGUGUUCGAGGAAAGCAGAUGGAAAUGGCAGGCCCGUUCUGAGGCCCUAGUGGGGAGCACACACACCGUCCAGAGAGGGCAGUUGUGAGCUCCAGCUGGGUAUUGCUCUGUGGGACAAGGUUUUCUUACUUUUUUUGGAGAGUCAGAAAAACCCAGAUACAGUUGAGCCUUGAACAGCAUUGAGAGGGUUGGGGGCACUGACCCCCCGCCUUGUACAGUCAAAAAUCCAUGUACUUUUGACUCUCCCAGAACUUAACAACUAAUAGCCUCCUGUCAACCGGAAGCUUUACCAAUGACCUGAACAGUUGAUUAACACAUAUUUUGUAUGUUAUAUGUAUUAUAUGCUGUAUUCUUACAGUAAAGUCAGCUAAAGAAAAGACAGUGUUAUUAAGAAAAUCAUAAGGAAGAGAGAAUACAUUUACAGUUCUGUGCCGUAUUUAUCGAAGAAAAUCCACGUAUAAGUGGCCUGCAGAGUUCAAACCCACUCUUGGUGGAUCAGCUGUAUUUACGUGAAAGCUCCAAGUGUAUUGCUCACUAAGUAAAAUGUGUGAAACACAGCUGUCCCCAAACCCAGGUGGUCACCAAGUCUGCCCUGUUUCCCUCUAGAACCCCUCCUCUGAAGAUGUGCUUUCCUCUGUACCCCUACCACCUCUUCCUGAGCACCAGCGUCACCCCCCACCCUUGAACUAGAAUCAGAUCGUUGCCACCAGAAACCAAACACAGAGGGGAGUGUUAAGACCAUGCCCCGGUCCCCAAGGUCAGAGCAGGGCAAGGUGGUUCUAACUAGGACAGGGACACGGCAAAACACACCCGUAUUUCUUAAUCUGCUGCCCUUGGCUCUGCGGGCUUCCGGGCUGCUGUUAGCCAGAGUGCCUGGUAGAAUAUAAAAGAUACAGCCUAAUAUCCGUGCUUGCAGAGCAUACCGUGGGGACGCAGACCCCUUUUCCCCAGUGGGGUGGAAAGUGCUGCUUGGUGCAAUGUAAUGCGAACACUGACGACCCAGGGUCAGGCCAGACUUCAAAGGUAAGGGCACAGUUCUCCACGAGACUCCUCUCCAGACACCAGCUGCAAGCUCAGGGGUUCCCAGGCAGCCCCCCACCCUUCUCACCAGUCUAGGGGAGGAAUGUCCUCAACCUGUAACUGGGGUUCAAGGGGUAUAAGAGCAUCUGGCUCCAAGGGUCCCAAGCAGACCAGGUUUAGCCCAAAGGCAGAGAGACAGGGGCAAAGAGGAGUGGUGGAGAAACAAGAAAGGAAUUCAUUUCAGUGAGGCCAACAGCAGGAAGACAGCAGGCUCACGUCACAAAGGCUGUCUCUGAAGUGCCGAAAACACAUCCAGGUUUACAUAAGGAAAAUGCGGGUCAAAGGACGGUGGGUACAUGCGGGUGGGCAGUGAAGGUCAGGUUGAUCGUUGUCUUGGGGGCAAUCACAUGGGGUCUUGCUGGUGUCAGGACAGUUGUUACUGCUUGAGGGGGUAGUCUUGGUUCCCACCAGGGGAUUCUUUGCCCGCAGGGUCGUUUGUCUGAGUUAAGAGAUAAGGUGCAAAGAAUCAAGAAAUACAGACGGGUUGACAUGGGGAUAGCUGAAGUCCUCUUUCAAACCCUCUUAAGUCCCUCACUGGGUCUAAAAAUUAAACUGAUACAAUAACAGGAGAUACACAUACAAAUUUAUGUGAUACAAGUUUUAUGUGGCAUGGGGGUCUUCAGAAGACCCCCCCCCAAAAAAAAACAGACUUGUGUAUUUUUUUUUUUAAAGUAGGCUCUGCACCCAGCAUGGAGUCCAAUGUGGGGCUUGAACUCACAACUCCUGAGAUCAAGACCUGAGCUGAGAUCAAGAGUCGGAUGCUUAACAGACUGAGCCACCCAGGUGCCCGAGACUCACAUAUUUUUCUGCUGGGUGUGAUGAGGAGUGGACAGUCAUGGAAUAUGGCGGAUUAAGGAGUGUGAGGUAAUUAUACACUGAGGGAAACUUAGCAAAGCCUGUUAGGAUUCUUCUUGGCAUCUCAUUGUCUUUGGACAAAGGGGCUUCUCCUUUCCUUGGGCAUAGAGAGGGGACCUCUCAAGGGAGGUUGUGACCUGUUUCAGGGAAGGAUGAGGGGGCAAAGAGGUCAAAGUGACCUUCCUGCUUCUGCCAUUUUCUCAAACUUCUUCAGCUUAAAAUAUUCAGUAUGCCAAGGUACCAUAUUUUGGAGUAACGUUUCCUGAACCCCAUUGCCGAGUAGCUAUAAAUUCAGGGAUUCCCGCUCUUCCCUCAGGGUGAGUAAUUCACUUGGAACAACUCCCAGAACUCAGGAAAGUGCUAUACUUACUGUUUUAUUAAUAGCAAUAAAAGGAUAGAAAUCAGGGCCAGCCAAAAGGAAGAAAGGGCGAGGUCUCAGAACGUCCCAGAACUUAAAGCUACCAUGCCCCCUGCCCCCCAGGAGUCAGGACACAGCACACUCUUCACACCUGGUUCUGUAUUACCAACCAGGAAGGUCACUCACGCUUCCACGUUGAGUCUUUAUUGAGGUUCAUCCUUCAGCAUGAUUGAUUAGCUCACUGGCCAGAUGGUCAAACUCAAUCCAGUUCCUCUCUCCACCUCGAAGCCCCAACCUCCAAGCGCAUGGGUGAUCGCAUGGGUGAUCCGUUUGGCAAGCCAGCCCCCAUCCCAGCUAUGGGCCCCAUCCCCCCAUCCGGAAUAAACAAAGCCACUCCUAUCACUCUAUCACUCUAUCUAAACAGGAUUCCUCCCAGAGACCAGGGACAAACGCCAGGCAACUUCCUUGCAACACUGCUUCCUCCCUCCACCCCCCAGCUCCCUUCAGAUCCCUUCACCUUUCUGUCCCCCAGUGAGUGACAGCCCUGGUGGCAGUCUCUACAGAUGCCCCCAUCCCCAGGGGCCUUAGGGUCCUUAAAAGGCAAGCGACCUUGAGAUAUUUCUGUUAACAUCCCCCCUCACACCCCACUUAGCACACUCCUAUCUGCUUCAGUCCGCAACGGUAAGCAUGGAUUUUCAUCAAGGGUGAUCAUCACACGGUAGGGGAAGCUCUUUCGUGGGCUUUUUCACUCUCUCUGUAGAUGCAGUCACAGUCAGUGACCUAUGCCCAGACAGCCUACACGCCCAGGUAAUGCCUUCCAGUCGUUCCCCCGCCCCGCCCCGCACGUCCAGACACACAAACGUCCCACCCUAGAUGUACUGACAGUCAGAAACCCCUGCCAUUCAUAUCAUCUCUUUUUUUUUUAAAGAUUUUAUUUAUUUAUUCGACAGAGA